AUGGGGAUUACGAUUGUUCUCGGUUCGCAAUGGGGUGAUGAAGGAAAGGGGAAGAUCACAGACAUGCUGUCGCAGGAGGCUACUCUCUGCGCUCGUGCCGCUGGCGGUCACAACGCCGGCCACACUAUCGUCCACGAAAACAUCACCUACGACUUCCAUAUCCUCCCUUCCGGCCUUGUCUCCCCCAAGUGCGUUAAUCUGAUCGGCGCCGGCACCGUCGUGCACGUUCCCAGCUUCUUCAAGGAACUGGCCGCCCUAGAGGAGAAGGGUCUGACCAGCGCCGGCAAGCGCAUCUUCAUCUCUGACCGCGCCCACGUCUGCUUUAACUUGCACUCUGUUGUGGACGGUCUUGAGGAGGCGAAGCUGGGCGGUCGCAAGGUUGGUACUACGGGUAAGGGUAUUGGACCUUGCUAUAGUGAUAAGGCGUCGCGGAGGGGUGUGCGGGUUGGUGAGAUUCUCGAUGAGGCGCUUUUUGAGCGCAAGCUGAGGACUUUGGAUGCGAGUUAUCGCGCGAGAUUUGGGGAGUUGGAGUAUAAUGUUGAGGAUGAGAUUGCACUUUUCAAGGAAUUCCGCAAGAUCUUGAAGCCCUACGUCGUUGACCAACUUACCUUCCUGCAAGAGUACAAGAACGCCCCCAACACUCUGGUUGAAGGUGCCAACGCGCUCAUGCUCGACCUUGACCACGGUACCUACCCCUUCGUCACCUCCUCGUCCACCGGCCUCGGCGGUGCCAUCCAGGGUCUGUCUUUGAACCCCACUAGCAUCACCCACAUCGUCGGCGUCGUCAAGGCCUACACCACCCGCGUCGGCUCCGGCCCCUUCCCCACCGAACAGCUCAAUGAGCACGGCGACAAGCUGCAAAGUGCCGGUCGCGAAUUCGGCGUGACCACCGGACGUCGCCGCCGCUGUGGCUGGUUCGACCUUGUUCUCUGCCGCUACUCCCAGGCCAUCAACCACUACACCGCGCUGAACCUGACCAAACUCGACAUCCUCGAUGACUUCGACGAGAUCAAGGUCGGCGUUGCGUACAUCCUGCCCGAUGGCACACGCGUUGAUAACUCGUUUCCCGCUAGCGCUGAGGAGCUCGAGAAAGUCCAGGUUGAGUACGUCACUCUGCCGGGCUGGAAGAGCAACACCAUGGGUGCAAUGAAGUACGAGGACCUGCCGCCUAACGCGCAGGCCUACAUUCGGUUCAUUGAGCAGGGUCUCGGCGGUGUUCCUGUCAAGUACAUCGGCACCGGUCCUUCUCGGGAUCACAUGAUUGUUCGGGACUAG